CAAAGCAAACCACUUUCUUUUUCUUGUUGAGUUCUCUCAGCGGCAAAGUGAGUGUACGCUUGAAAUCUCUCACACCCCGUUCAACUCGUGAUCGUUCUUAGAUUGAUAAAUAUUGAAUACCCAUUAGGGUUUUGUGAUCCAUUUUUCUGUUUACUUACUAAACCUAACCAAAUACACUCUGAAUUUUCCAAGAAAGUAGUGAGAAAGAGCAAGAAAAUGGCUUCAGGAAGCAGAGUAACGCAUACUAAUCACAAGCAAUCUCAAGCUCAGUCUUCAGGUACGAACAAUGUUAGAGACACUGUCAGCAAAGCCGUAGCUCAGUACACUGUCGAUGCUCGUCUUCAUGCUGUGUUCGAACAGUCUGGUGAGUCUGGUAAGUUGUUUGAUUACUCACAAUCUGUUAAAACAACUACACAAUCUGUGCCAGAACAACAAAUCACUGCUUAUUUGUCGAAAAUUCAGAGAGGAGGUCAUAUACAGCCCUUUGGUUGUAUGAUUGCUGUUGAUGAGGCCACUUUUCGGGUGAUUGCUUACAGCGAAAAUGCCCAAGAAAUGCUGGGUCUCACUCCGCAAUCGGUCCCGAGUCUCAAGAAACCAGAGAUACUCACAGUUGGGACCGAUGUGAGAACACUCUUUACUCCUUCGAGUGAAGUUUUGCUCGGAAAGGCAUUUGGGGCACGCGAAAUCACGCUAUUGAACCCAAUUUGGAUUCAUUCUAAGAAUUCGGGGAAACCGUUUUACGCGAUUUUGCAUAGGAUUGAUGUUGGUAUUGUAAUUGAUUUGGAACCUGCAAGGACAGAGGACCCUGCCCUGUCUAUUGCAGGGACUGUGCAGUCCCAGAAGCUCGCAGUGCGAGCAAUUUCGCAUUUGCAAUCACUUCCGGGUGGGGAUAUUAAGCUUUUGUGUGAUACAGUGGUUGAGAGUGUGAGAGAGCUUACUCGUUAUGAUCGAGUUAUGGUGUACAAGUUUCAUGAGGACGAGCAUGGUGAGGUUGUGGCUGAGAGCAGGAGGCCCGAUUUGGAACCUUAUAUUGGGUUGCACUACCCUGCCACUGACAUUCCUCAGGCAUCAAGAUUUUUGUUUAAACAGAACCGGGUUAGGAUGAUUGUGGACUGUCAUGCCACAUCAGUUCCGGUAAUUCAAGACGAAACGCUUAUGCAGCCUUUGUGUUUAGUUGGUUCAACACUAAGGGCACCUCAUGGUUGCCAUGCCCAAUACAUGGCUAACAUGGGUUCAAUUGCUUCUUUAGGCAUGGCUGUUAUAAUUAAUGUGAAUGAUGAUGAACCUUCUGGUGGACGAAACUCGACGAGGCUCUGGGGUCUGGUCGUUUGCCAUCACACUUCUGCUCGUUGUAUUCCUUUCCCCCUCCGUUAUGCCUGUGAGUUUCUAAUGCAGGCCUUUGGACUCCAAUUGAACAUGGAAUUGCAAUUGGCUUCGCAGGUCUCAGAGAAACAUGUUUUAAGAACACAAACCCUAUUGUGUGAUAUGCUUCUUCGUGAAUCACCUACUGGGAUUAUUACUCAAAGCCCCAGUAUAAUGGACCUUGUGAAGUGUGAUGGGGCUGCACUCUACUACCAAGGGAAGUACUAUCCGUUAGGUGUAACCCCUACUGAAGCCCAGAUAAAGGAUAUCGUGGAGUGGUUGUUGGCUGCUCAUGGAGACUCAACUGGUUUGAGCACUGACAGCCUGGCAGAAGCAGGGUACCCUGGUGCAGUUUCACUUGGUGAUGCAGUGUGUGGAAUGGCUGUUGCUUAUAUCACUUCAAAAGAUUUCUUGUUCUGGUUCCGGUCCAACACGGCAAAAGAGGUCAAGUGGGGUGGUGCCAAACAUCACCCAGAGGACAAAGAUGAUGGGCAGAGGAUGCAUCCACGUUCUUCAUUCAAAGCGUUCUUGGAAGUGGUUAAGAGCCGUAGUUUGCCAUGGGAGAAUGCUGAAAUGGAUGCAAUUCAUUCUUUGCAGCUCAUUUUGCGAGAUUCAUUCAAGGAUGCAGAGGGAAGCAAUUCUAAGGCUGUCAUACAUGCCCCACUUGUGGAUUUAGAGUUGCAAAGGAUGGAGGAGAUCAGCUCUGUUGCACGGGAAAUGGUUAGGUUGAUAGAGACUGCAACAGCUCCCAUAUUUGCUGUGGACAUUGAUGGUUGCAUAAAUGGUUGGAAUGCUAAGGUUGCAGAGUUGACAGGAUUAUCGGUUGCUGAAGCAAUGGGAAAAUCUUUGGUUCAUGAUCUUGUUUUUAAGGAAUCAGAAGAAAUUGUUGACAAGCUUUUAUAUAAUGCUUUGAGAGGUGAAGAAGAUAAGAAUGUAGAAAUUAAAUUGAAGACUUCUGGCUCAGAACAACAUAAGAAGGCUGUUUUCUUGGUGGUCAAUGCUUGCUCUAGCAAGGAUUAUACAAAUAAUAUAGUUGGUGUAUGCUUCGUUGGUCAGGAUGUUACUGAUCAGAAAGUGGUAAUGGACAAGUUCAUACACAUACAAGGUGAUUACAAGGCUAUCGUACAUAGUCCCAACCCGUUGAUCCCACCUAUAUUUGCCUCAGACGAGAAUACCUGUUGCUGUGAGUGGAACAAUGCCAUGGAAAAGCUCACCGGGUGGACCAGAGGGGAAAACAUAGGGAAAAUGUUGGUUGGAGAUAUUUUUGGCAGUUGCUGUCAGCUCAAGAGCCCUGAUGCUAUGACAAAAUUCAUGAUUGUCUUGCACAAUGCAAUCGGAGGACAGGAUACAGAUAAAUUUCCAUUUGCCUUUUUCGAUCGAAAUGGAAAAUAUGUGCAAGCUCUAUUGACAGCAAAUAAGAGGGUUAGUAUGGAUGGCCAGAUUAUUGGAGCCUUCUGUUUCUUGCAGAUUCCUAGUCCAGAAUUGCAGCAGGCUCUGGAAGUCCAUAGACUACAAGAGAAUAAAUGCUUUGCAAGGAUGAAAGAGUUGGCUUACAUUUGCCAGGAAAUAAAGAAUCCAUUAAGUGGUAUACGCUUUACUAAUUUGCUUUUGGAGGCUACGAACUUGACUGAAGAUCAGAAACAGUUUCUUGAGACAAGUGCUGCUUGUGAGAAGCAGAUGUUAAAGAUUAUAAGGGAUGUCAAUCUGGAUAGCAUUGAAAAUGGUUCGUUGGAGCUAGAGAAGACUGAAUUCUUAGUUGGAAGUGUCAUAGACGCUGUUGUUAGCCAAGGAAAUAUUGCUAGGGAAAUGUCACAAUGGAUCAGGAUUUCCGAAGAAAUCAAAACAUUGGCUGUUUAUGGUGAUCAAGUGAGAGUUCAACAGGUCUUAGCUGAUUUCUUGUUGAGUAUGGUGCAUUAUGCACCUUCUCCAAAGGGUUGGGUAGAGAUUCAAGUUCAACCAAGAUUGAAGCAAAUUUCUGCUGAAAUAACUAUGGUGCAUAUUGAAUUCAGGAUUGUCUGCCCUGGUGAAGGUCUUCCUUCUGAACUCGUUCAAGACAUGUUUCGUAGCAGUCGAUGGGUGACUCAGGAAGGCCUAGGCCUAAGCAUGUGCAGGAAGAUUUUAAAGCUUAUGAAUGGUGAAGUUCAAUAUGUAAGAGAGUCAGAAAGAUGCUACUUUCUAGUUAUCCUAGAACUUCCCAUGCCAAGGAGGGGCUCCACGAGUGUUGACUAGGAGCAUUGCGAAUCACCGGACUUCAGUAUCUUGGCAAAUCGAAACGGAGACACCACUUCCUACAAUAUCUUUGUGGACGGCUUGCAUAAAACCAAAUACGAGCUCUCACUCGUGCUGAAGCCUCACAAAUCUGUUAAUGGGUGUUCUCCGAUCACACUUUUGGGGCAGUAUUAGAUCAACCGGAGACUAAUAUGGUGUAAUGCUAAGAGAUACUGAGAGCUUGUUAUUUGAGAUGUUUAUAAACUUCCAUGGACUAAAGACAGUUGACUGAUCUCCAAAUGGAUUGGGUGGCGUUGUCCCAGCUGUAAGUUUGCAUUAAAUUUGGACUAUAGUUUGUACAAUAUUUGUAUAAAUGUCUUCUCAAGUUUUGAAAACAACUGUGUACUAUUAUUUUCCGAUGUACUUAAAAAAAAAAAAAAAAAACUGUGUAAUAACUACUGCUUUAGAGAUGUACUUUCUUCCCUGAAAUGCUGAAAUUGUUCCAACCCCGCCCCUCCAUCCUCUACCCCUACCUUGGCUCUUUUUCAUUGUGGAAUAAAGCUGUCUUGCUCUAGUUGUUGAAA